CCUCAAUGAUAUUAACCAAGAAAGUUAGGUUAUAUUAUGUUCCAGAUGUCUGGCUUAACAAUAGGUUCGUUCCAACCCCCCGUUUUCGUAUCGUCAUGAAACGGUUUCGGAACUGUUAGGAUCGAUUGCCGGCGCAUGCGUUGACCUUGCACGGUUUUAUCUUGGUACAGAAACAACGGGUAGUUGGAACGGUUUCAUGAUCGUUUUCGUAAUGACGACAGUUCAAAUAACUUUAACCGAGACUUUAACCCUAAAUUUGUUUGUUUGCAAAUUAAAAUAGAAGAAUAUAGGAUUAGGAUUACAAAAUAAUAUAUAAAAAAGGAAAAUCGAACACCAACGCUGAUUCAUGAUCAAGAAUCUAAAACUGAAUCCUUGCAAGCUGAUAACAUCAAGGAUUAGCAAAUAGCUGAUAAUAAAUUUUGUACUUUUUUUCACUUGAAAAAAUAAAAAUGCUACAGUUUUAUAAGUUAGAUUGGAAAUUGGUUGUUUAACAACAACAUGAACAACAAAAACAGGUGACAAAAAUUGAAUUACGCAUGUCAGUCAUGAAUCAGUCCACGCGGUUCUUGCUUUCCACUCGGGAUCGAAAUGACGGUGCUAAAACCAGUAGAAAACGGUAUGUCAUUUCUCUAACCGUUUUGUAACCCGGUUAGUUAAACCGGAGCCACGUGAAAAGAACUAAAGUCGUCACAAAACAUAAAACGUAAAUAUAACCUUAGAAAUAAUUUGAUUACUUUGGAACUCGAUCGUUUUUAAACGUAAAUUUCCACAUAUUAUCAUUAUCAGAAAAAAUGAGUCGCAAAGAAGCCCUUUCCACUUUUAUACAACAAAUUCAUGCCCGACCAGUUGCGGUGAAACUAAACAGUGGCGUUGAUUAUAGAGGGGUGCUAGCCUGUCUGGAUGGCUACAUGAACAUCGCCUUGGAGCAAACUGAAGAAUACGUUAAUGGACAGUUGAAAAACAAGUUCGGAGACGCUUUUAUUCGAGGCAACAAUGUUUUAUAUAUCAGCACUCAAAAAAGGAUGUAGAAUUAAGUCUAAAAUGUAUUUCUAAUUUUUUCAUUUAAUAAAUAAUAUUCGAAUGGUGUCAUAUAUCUUUUUCCUAAAUCUGUGUGUCCUAUAUUGAACAGGCUUUCAA